AUUUUCGUUAUUACUAAAAUGACGUCUUUAAUCAUCGACCGGUAGAGGGCAUAGAAGUCAAGAUGGCGUAUUCGUAGGGUAGGCGUUAUGUUUUUGGUUUCGUCGGAACUGACAUUUUUCGAAAAUGAACAACUACUUACCCGGGACCGCUAGUUUAUUAGAAGAAUUAGACAAAAAGUUAAUGGUUUUGCUCCGAGAUGGUCGAACUUUAAUCGGUUACUUGAGGAGUAUCGAUCAAUUUGCUAAUUUGGUUCUACAUCAGACGAUCGAGAGGAUCCACGUGGGAAACCAAUUUGGAGAUAUUCCCAGAGGCGUGUUUGUUAUUCGAGGAGAAAAUGUGGUUCUUUUAGGAGAGAUUGAUUUAGAUAAGGAACGAUCCACCAAUCUAGAACAAGUAACUGUGCAUGAGAUAUUAGAGGCUCAAAGGAUUGAACAGGAAGCCAAGCAGGAAAAGGAAAAACUAAAAGCCAGGGCAUUCAAAGAAAGAGGAAUUGUUCACCAGUUUGACUCUGCCCACGACGAUUUUUAAUUUGUUAAUUAUAAUUUUCUUUACUACACAAAAAACAUACAACUGAGUAAUUCAUUUUUUAUGUUCAGUUAUUGAUAUUUGCCAUAUCGUUUAUAUCAGACUUUUAUUUCUGUAUAUCUUUAUUUUUUUAAUCUACAAAUAACAAAUUUGCAUAUUAAUUUUUUUUUAUAAAUAACAAAGUGACAAAUUGCUUAUUUAUUAAGUCCUGCAGACAGUGUGUGCAGUUUUUGCUGUGAAGUAACUCUAUGGAUUCCAUUUAACUUGUAUUGAUUGAGGUUAAUUUAAUUUUAAUGUGUGUAGUACAAGUUGUACAAUAUUCCAAUGUAGAUCAAAAAAUAGAUAAAAGAUUUUCAAAAAUAAACUCAAAUUAAAAAUUUUA